ACAGCUUUGGUAGUUAAAUAUUGAGGGUGUUCCUGGGGUCCUAGCCAGGUAGUGGUUGGUCGUGAAGAGAUUUCACCCGUUGCCGUUGUAAUAUAGACCACUCCCUUCCUUAGACUUCAAGCAGAAAAGCUGUAUUCUUACGAGCUAGUCAUUCCCUUGUGUAUACGCUCUUUCAAAUUCACCACAGACCACCCGCUCGUGGAACAAAAUUGUGCCCUUCCUGCCUUGGAAAUUGUGCAAUGCGGGUUACUACGAUUCUCGGUUUUCUCUUUGCAAUCAUUCCUUUCAGUUUUGCCAGCACUCAUGGGAAUCACUGGGGCAGACGUCACCAAGAACUUGCCAUUCGCGCCAGGGGCGAUGUAGAUGUCCAAAAACGUUCCUUCGAUAACUCUCGGUUCACCUUCUAUGAUGUCGGCCUGGGUGCAUGUGGAGACACCAAUGUUGCCAGUGACUUCAUCGUGGCGCUAAAUGUCGAUCAGUACGGCAGUGGAUAUCCUGGUCCAAUGUGCUUCUUGUCAAUUACGAUUUCUUAUGGGGGAAAAACAGCCCAGGCUGUUAUCAUGGAUGAGUGUAUGGGCUGCCCUUAUGGUGGACUCGACUUCUCUCGCGGUCUUUUCGACUACUUCGCAUCCGAGUCAGAAGGUGUUAUCUAUGGGUCAUGGUGGUUCAAUAGCGGAAGUGAUACUACGUCUACCAGCUGGACCCCUACUACCACCUCUACGUCCUGGACUCCUGACCCUACCACGUCUUGGACCCCAACGACGACAUGGACCCCUACCACGACCUGGACACCAACGACGACAUGGACACCCACCACGUCUUCAUAUACUCCCACUUCCACUUCCACCUCAUCGACCUCUACCACCUCUAGUUAUGCUACUUCCAGCUCUUCGGCCUCUACGACCAAUUACAGCUCAGGUGUGGCCAGUGGGAUUGCUGUUCCCACUGGGACCGCUGUUGUGGCUGCGCCAAACAGCGCCAACCCCCAGAAUCUUUUGGUCAUGAAUCAAGCUUUGGUUGAUAUCGGCGUCAUGUUAGCAGCUGAGGAGGGCAUUUAAGUUUGCCCUAAAACGUUUCAUCUGGUCACGGAAUGCAGGACGCUGUGUCUAUCUUUAUCAUAAUAUUUUGCUCGGUUUUCUUCACACUUUCCACAAUCUUCUGCGCGUUAAGCUAGUCGAUUUGUCGCAGUGCUGUUUAUACCCUUCUUUUAACACUCCUUUGCAUGAAUACGCUGACUGUGAACUUGCUAGUCAUAUGUUCUCAUAGUCAUGUAAAAUUCAUGUUCUUGUCCUUUUGAGCCGAGCUCAAAUGAAGUUUUAUCGAGCACAAUAGGAACAAGUUGAUACCAUUUACACUUGCAAUACAAGUCUAUACAACAUUGUGAAUCGGUGGAAGA